UGGAACCAGACGACAGCUUGUGAAUAUGUUGGUUGCUGAUAUGGUGGAGGUGCAUGGACGGAUUCCUCCGCAGGCUGUACGAAUCAACUAUGCCCAAGGUAUUGUGGCCUUGUUCCCAUACCUAGAGGACCCAUUGGCGAAGCAUGGAUAUGAACACUUCUAUGAUCCAGCGUCAGGUUCCGGGUACCUUUCUUGGCGUCUUAAGACUGUGCAACGAAGUUCAUCUGAUCAGUCUAGGUCUCGGGUAGCAGAUGAACAGAGCAAUGGUGGUCCAAAAGCUGUAAGAGGCUCAGCUACUGCCGUACAACAACUGACUGAUAAUGAGUGUGAAGAAGCAAUAGCUGUGAUGAAUCAUUCCUCUGAUGAAGCACUAGUUGCUGAGAAAAUGAAGGCCACUUUUGAACACAGGCAGAAACUGGUCCAUGAUCCUGACAAGUCUGUGGAGGUCCUGGACACUUUCCCCAGAUUUCUUGACAUAACUGGCCUUAUUGAGCAGGACUUCCUGAAGCUUUUCGGAGAGGAGACAUCCGGGAAGUUCUUAGCCAGAUGGCCAACGUUUUUCAGACCACACAUCAUCAAAGAUGCCAAAAGGCUAGGACCCUGUCUCCAUGUUGAGGCACUAAUACGGUCUGCACAAGGUGACGGUGAUGGUGGAUGGGACCGUGAUAUUGCUUCACUCUGCUUGCUGCUGCAUCUCAUUCCUCCCACAUCAAAGGGUCACAAAAAGUCUGCAAAAAUCAGUGCCCUUCAGGCAGAGGACUACUUGGUGAGGUAUCUGCAGGUUGGUGCAAGCAUUUCAAUCUUCUUAUCCAGUCUGGAACCUUCUCAGCCCUUCCUGCUUUGUGUCGGCACACAAAAAAACAAGAUCCAGAAGUACUAUGUCAUCAUGGACAAAAAGGCAAUUCCAUGCCGAGCACACACAUCAAUUGCAGCAUUUGACGAGCUAUUUAAAACAAAUUUUGUAUUCAGAACAUCGUACAGCGAGGCACUGGAUGGGUUUUACACCUUUAUCCAAACAGCAGUUUACAUCAUUGAUGUUGGUAAAACAAAAGAGAAGCCAAGAGUGAGGGAACUAAGGGCCAGGUAUCUUAAUCUGACAAACUAA